AUGCCACUUCCUUCAAUCAACCCUCCGCUCAUCAAUAGCGCUAAUCCGUGGUGCUCGACCCGCGAGGAUCUACAAGCGCUUUUUGACGAUGAAAGUACCGGAGCUGUGACCACCCGCACAAGUCUUCUCGAUGGAUUCCCACAUGAUCCUGCCAUACAUCAGUUCACUUUCUUCGACUCAAGAUCGGGCGAACAUUGCAACGAGUCGAAAGACUUCCGUAACGGACCUAUCGAUACAUCUUAUGGAGGGAGUCUCAACACUCUAGGGUAUAGCCCUCACCCACUAGCAUCUUAUCUCUCCAUGCUUGGGGAGAUUGUAGCCGCUUCGAGACUUCCGGAUUCAAUCCGUCAGACGAAGCCUUUCAUCAUUUCUGUCACGGGUGGUGCAGAUGACGUUCUGGAAUGCUACCGCAGAAUCCAAGACGUUCAGGAUACUAUAUCAAACCCACUGUGUAUGGAGAUCAACCUGUCCUGUCCCAACAUACCAUCCAAACCACCGCCAGCGUACUCCAAGUCGUCACUGAUCGAGUAUUUGGAGAAGCUAAAAUCAGCUCCCUCGUUGGAAGGCAAGCAACGAGUAGCAAUCGGUAUCAAAACGCCGCCAUACACCUAUCAUGAUCAGUUCCAGAUCCUGAUCGAUGCAUUGAGUGAAACAAGUAGUCCAACAUGCCCGGUAGACUUCAUCACCGCCACUAACACUCUUGGAUCGAGCUUACUUCUUGACUUGGAUGGAACGCCCGCUUUGAAGUCCUCGAGUGGUUUGGGUAUCGGAGGCAUGGCCGGAGCUCCUCUUCACCCGUUGGCGUUGGGAAACGUCAAGACAAUACGACAGAUGCUGGAUGUACACGAGCAUUUGAGGACAAUCGACCUUAUUGGCGUUGGUGGUGUAAGUGACGCUGGUGGGUACAGGAGGAUGAAAGCUGUUGGGGCUUMUGUUGUUGGAGUUGGUACCGCUCUUGGGAGAGAGGGGGUACCGGUGUUCAAGAAGAUCCUUAUGGGACUGGAGGCUCGUAGCGAGGUGUAG